UGGAAUUAUCACAUCAACCGAUCACUUUCAACCAACCGAGCACUUUAUACUAAUUAAUAUACGCAAGACUCACUAUACAUCGUCAUUCAAAUACACGAGAUCUCUCAACGUGACUAAAAGCAUGAUCGAAACGAGAGGGUAGAACGAACCGAGGAUGCCGAUCGAGGCCCUUCCAGCGGCCACCGUUCGAGCAAUUGGCUCCCUGUCGGUGAUCACAGACGCAUGUUCUGUGGUGAAAGAACUGUUGGACAAUGCGUUGGAUGCUGCUGCGUCGUCGGUGACAAUUGAAGUGUCGCAGAAUACCCUUGAUGUGAUCCAGGUCAAGGACAACGGGCACGGCAUCAACCCUGAGGACUACGCGAUGGUUUGCCGGCGCAGCUUCACGAGCAAGAUCUCCACGGUCGACGAUCUGGUGCAGACUGGGGGCCGGACCCUGGGCUUUCGAGGCGUGGCUCUUGCCAGCAUGGUGGAGAUGGCGGGGGCCGUGAUUGUCACCACGCGGGUCGAAUCGGAGGUUGCUGGGUCCUGUCUGAAAUAUGGACAAGAUGGGGAGCUCAUCAGCUCCCAACGAGUUUCACAUCCUGUUGGCACUGCGGUCCGGGUGACCGAGUUACUCAAGCAUGUUCCCGUCCGAAGGCAGACGGCUAUUAAGAGCGCAGCUAAGACGCUGGGGAGGAUCAAGAAACUCGUACAGGCGUAUGCUGUUGCUCGGCCCGAGAAGCGGAUUGCUUUCAAGGUUCUCAAGGCCAAAAAUGAGAGUCAAAAUUGGGUCUACGCUCCAGGGAGCAAUGGAACUCUGAGAGAUGCGGCGAUGAAGGUGGCUGGUUCUGAAGUUGUCUCGGUUUGCACCAUGCAGGCUUGGCCAGAGGACAAGCCGAAUGAAGGCUACAGGGCUGUAGCCUUGCUUCCAAAGGAUGAUAUUGAUUUCUCGAGAGUGAACAACAUCGGCCAGUUCAUCAGCGUCGACGGCAGGCCGUUAACUACCACCCGGGGGGUUGGCAGCAAUAUCGCGAAACUCUACAAGACUUAUAUACGAUCUGCUUCUACUAAAUCUAUACCAGACCCCUUUCUUUGUAUGCACAUCUAUUGCCCCCGCGGGAGCUACGAUGUCAAUAUCGAGCCAGGAAAGGAUGAUUUGCUUUUUGAUGAUUCUCAUAUCAUUAUGGAGCUAUUAGAAGGACUAUUCCGACAUAUAUAUGGUGACUUAGAGGGGGGGUCUCCUGCAGAGCGUGUUCAAGACAAUGCCGUCUCAGAGAGUGCUCAAGACGACGAUAGUUCGUCCCUCCUGACUGUACGAGUACAACCUAGGAAUGUGACUCCCCAUACACCAUUCAAAACCCCCUUUCCGAUGAAUGCGCGACGAACCCCCCAGUCAGCAAGUUCAGGAUCACCACAGGGUUCGGAACUGGAGUCCUUGAACCCAUGGUCAGUCACAAGACUCAACGGCAGGUCUGGAAAUACAAGAGUAUCAAGCCAAUUUGUCAGCCAAAGUCCGACGAGCUCCAUGGGGUCUAGAGGACUGCACUCAGAGUCAUUACAGUCAACUCAACCAACACAGUCCCCGCAGUCUGUAUCCUCAACACAUUUGCAGUCCCCGCGGACCAGGAACGGCGCACUCGAUACAUGGUUCAAGACACUCCGAGAGAUGCGAGAGGAGCGUUCACAAUUACGGCAGUCUCAGCCGAAGCCUUCGCAACCCUUACAAUCCUUACAAUCACAAUCUCAGCCUCAGCCUCAGCAAGAAGCCCAUAGAGAACUCGAACAAGCCAUGGACUUUGAAUACCGCAAACGAGCCGCCAACCAGCACCGUAACCGAUACCUUGCCGCGCGGGCUGCCCUGACAGACUCGAGAGAAAGCAAUAGCAACAGCAGCAGCAGCAACUGUGAUCUCUUAUUCAAAGACAGACUUAGACCAUCAAGAAACGAGGGCUUACAGAUAACCAUGACGAUACCCGCGGACAUGCAAGCCGUAACGGGCUGGGUUGCAAGACUGUCACUUGUGGAUGCGUACACGGGAAACAUGGAUGAUAAGAGCGGGUUAGACGUUGAGGAUUUAGAUGUGGGAUUCAGACUGGAAGAGUUGAUGAAAGCACGAUAGCAAUUCUUAAUAAGGUGGGCAGUUAACUAUUAUCUUAAGGAAGGGUAUCACCAGAGAAAAAAAAUAAGAAAAGCCGAUAAAACAAGGGCAUUCAUUGAAGAUCUCUUCAAGCUGAUCCCCGCGCUGCUCUGUAAACUGCCCGCAACCACCUUGUCAGGUGUGAUACACAUCAACUGCGUAUCUGC